GAAAAAUUAGAUAUCAGAAAUUUAUUAAAAAUAUUAAAUCAAAUCUUUUUAAAGUUAACAAUAUAAUUAAAUAUGAAAUAUAAUAAGGUGAUUUUUAUAAACAUAUUUGCUCUUUAUCUUUUUAUUAAGCAUUUAGACUGUGCUGAAAUCUUUUAAGAGAUAGAUUAAUCUCAAAUUUCAAAUUAAGAUAAUAUUUAUCAAGUGUAAUUUAGAAAUGAUUAUUCAAUAACAUAAUAUCAAAGUAUUAAUGAAUUCAUUCAAUAAAGUUAAAUGAAUUUAAAUUAAUAUCAAAAUCAAUAAAAAAUGGAAAAUUUAGUGAAAGGAAGAAUAUUAAAUUAAGUAAAUUAAAUAAGAUUAACUGCAAAUUUUGAUAAUAUACUCAAUAAUGUACCAUAUUAUUAAACCAAAUUAGUCAAGAGAGCUUUUAGAUUAGUAUCAUAUGAAAUAAGUAAAAUCUUAUCAAUAGUGAGGAGCUCAGACACUUUAAAGCUAGAAUAGUAAAAGUGCAGUAGCAUAGUUUAUAGCACCGCUGAAUAUAACAAUGGAAUACCAUAAAGUGACCUUCAUAUUUACAUUAGUAAAUAUGAUUAAUAGCUAUUAAAGUAGUCUGAGAAAGUAAUUAUAUGCUAAUACAAUAAUAAUUAAAGAGCUUCAGUAGGAAUAAUAAGUCUAGAUUUCUCAAAUUACAACAUCUAGGAUCAAUCUUUUUUGUAAUCAAUAAUAGCAUAGGAACUAUUUUCUUAAAUUUACCAUCUUCUAGGAUUAAAUAAAGAUUUAAUAGCUAGAUUUGUUGAUAGUAAAGGAGUUCAAAUUACUUUAGAUAAAAUAAUUUCAACAUAAGAAUAUCAGUUUUCAUAUAAUGUGCUGAUAACAAAUCAAAUUCAAUUAGUAUCUCGAUAAAUGUUUAAUUGUAAUGACAUAGAAGGAAUAUUAACAGAAAUUAAUCUUGAAAAAAGCAUAUACUUCUCUAAGGUUUUUGUAAACCCUCAGUCUCUUGGUGCUGAUAAAGUUUUAAGUGGAAGAAUAUUUGUUGGUUAAAUUGAUUUAGCGUUUUUAAAAGACACAGGAUUUUAUCCUUUAGUUAAUAACCCAUACCAACAAAAUGAAAGUGAUUAAUCACUAGCUUAUUAAAAGGGUUGUGAUUUUUAUAAAUAAUUAUGUUUCUAAGAUAGCAAUUUACAAAAUUUUUGUUCAUAAGAUAUUAAAAAGUGUGAUAAUAAUCAUUAUGGAAUUGCUGAAUGUAACUAUUUUGAUUCUUAAAUACCAUGCAAGAUUUAUCAAGUAGUUGAUAUAAAUCAAUUUUGCUUUAACAGAGAAAGUAAUUACAAAAAUGAUUUUAAUUAUUAUGGUAAUGAUAGUCGAUGUUUCGAAAGUACUUUAAUAAGAAUUAAUUCAGAUACUUCAAAUACUGAUUAAGCAAGAUGUCUUUAAAAUAAAUGUAUUUCAAAUAAUACAUAAAUUCAAAUUUAAUUUAACUCAGAGACACUUAUUUGUUCUGAAGAAAAUUAAAAAGUGGUCUCUGUCUAAAAUAAAGGAUAUAUUAUCUGUCCUAGCAAUUUUGAAUAAUUUUGUCAACAAAAUAUAGAGUAAUGCAUAAACAACUGCUCAUAAAAUGGGUUAUGUAUAAACGGAAAGUGUGAGUGCUAUCCUGGAUACUCAGGAGAUUAUUGUUAAAAUAUAAAUUGCGUUGAAAAUAAUCUAUUUGGGUGCUAGUAAUGUUCUUAAGAUGGAUCGAAUAUCUGCUUAAAAUGCUAUUAAGGAUUGUACUUAAGCAUUAAUAAGUAAGAGUGUUUACAAGACUGCUAAACUGGUUAAUUUGUUGAUUAAGUGAAUCAGUAGUGUAAAGCUUGCUAAUAAGGUUGCAAAUAUUGUAUCAAUAAUGAAUCAUGCAUUAAUUGUGCAGAUAAUUGGUAUUUAAAUUAAGUUAAUUAAUGUGUUUCUAAAUGCCCUGAUGGUUAUUUUUAAGAAUAAAUUUAAUAAACACUACUUAAUGGCUAAUAGAUAAGUAAAUGGGUAUGUUCAAAGUGCCACUAAGCGUGUACUACUUGCUUUGGAUACCAAAUAAAUUAAUGUAGUGAAUGCAAGAAAUAUUAUACCCUUGUACCACAAAAUACUUGCUAACAUCCGAAAUGUGAUUCUAAUUAUUAUGCGUUAAAUGAUAAGAUAUGCAUUUAAUGUCCUAGCAAUUGCUUAAGUUGCACUGCUAAUGAAAUGUGCUAUAGAUGUGAAAAUGGAUUUAUACUAAUUAAUGGUAAAUGUCAGAAUUCUAUAUGCAAACCUGGAUAGAUUUUUAUUGAAAGCACUUUAAAAUGUGAAUAUUGUGAUGAAGGUUGCACAUAGUGCAUAGGAAAAAAAUCGAAUUGUUCGAAUUGUUAAUAAAACUAUUAUUUUUGGAAUAAUCAGUGUCUAUAAACUUGCCCUUAUGGUUUUUACAAAUAACUUAAUCCUCAGAACCUAUCUGGAAAUUCAAAUGUUUAACCUAAUUAAAAUAAAUAACAAAUAGGAAUGACUAGCAACUAUUGCUCACCUUGCCAUUAAACUUGUAGUGAUUGUAUAGGUCCUAGUUAAAAUGAUUGUAGUAGUUGUCCACCAAAUUAUUAUUUGAAUGUUUAAGAUAAAUCAUGCAAAAAAAGUUAAUUAAGUAAUUGUAUUAUGGCUUUAUCUUAAGAUGUGUGUUUAUAGUGUGAUGCUUACUAUUUUCUUUAAAAUAGUAAAUGUUAGCCUAAUAGUUGUUCUCCAAAUUUUUAUGCUUUAAGUGUAGAUAAUUUAUAAGGUUUUCUAGCUGUUUAACCUUCAUACAAAUGCUUACCUUGCUCAUAUGGAUGUGAAGCAUGUACAAAUUAAAAUACAUGCUAGCAAUGCUCAAACGGAUUUUAAUUAGACCCUGAAAGCAAUUAAUGUAUUCUCCUUAAUAACUCUUGCUUAGAUGGAUAAUAUUUUGAUUUUUAGAGUUAGUUAUGCUUAGAUUGUUCAUAGAAUUGCUUAAAGUGUAGAGAUUCAAAUAUUUGUUUAUCCUGUAAUAAUAAUUAUUAUUUGGUCAAUUAUUCAUGCUAGUUACCUAUAAUACCUCCUAAAACUUACUAUAACUCUUUAUUACAGCAGUUUUUAAUGUGUGCAAAUCCUUGUUCUUCGUGUAAAGAUACUAAUUCUUGUAAUUAUUGCUAUGAUCCAACAGAUGUAUUAUAUUAAAGCUAGUGUAUUCAUUAGUGCCCAACUGGCUAUUUCAAAUAAGGUAAUGGCUAAACAAAUUUGUCUCAAUGUAAAUAAUGUGACAAAACAUGCCUUCUUUGUAAAGAUCAGCUACCAACUUCAUGUACUGUUUGUUAGGAAGGUUAUGAAUAUUAUUCUGAUCUGAGCCUUUGUCUUCCUUAAUGCUCUAAUUAAUUUAAUGUAGGCCUUUACUAUGAUGUAGCUCAAUAAAAAUGUGUUUAAUGCAUGAAAAAUUGUGUAAAAUGCUAAAAUUAAAAUACAUGCACUAUAUGCUAAUAAGGGAUGUUUUAUGAUAUAUCAUAAGAGUAGUGUUCGAACUGCAUGGAUGGAUGUAAUAUCUGCUCUGAUAUAAAUACUUGUCAAUAGUGUUAAGUUGGUAUGGUUUAUGCUAAUCAGCAAUGCUAAAAAAUAUGUACUGUAAAAGAUUUAAACUGCUUAAGAUGUGAUCCAAUAACUAAUGUCUGCUUACAAUGCUAAUCAGGUUAGCCAGUAUAAAGCAAUGGAUUUUGCCCAGUAAAAUGUAAUUUAUAAAAUUGCUAAAGAUGCUCUAGCUCCACACAAUGUGGUGAGUGUGAUGAUGACUAUUAUUUGGAUAUUAAUUUAUAAUGUUAAAUUAAAUAUUGUGAAUUAUCUUUUUGCAAAUAGUGUAAUUUCGAUAAAUAUAUACCUUACUGCACUAAAUGUUAAAAAGAAUACUUGCUAACAGAAGACGGAACGUGUUCUUCUAAAUAAUGCCCUUAAUUUGGAUAACAAUGCUAACAGUGCUAAAAUGAUAAUAGUUGUAAAAUCUGUAUAAAUGGUUUUUAUUAUUCUAAAGAGUAUAAUUAAUGUCUUUCUUGUCCAGAUAAAUGCUCAAGCUGUGAUUAAUUUUAAUGUUUUUAGUAUAAUACUUGUCCGAAUGGAUAGUAUUUGUUUGAAAAGCAAUGUUUGAACUGCUUUGAAUAGUGUUAAAAAUGUAAUGGCCCAAACAAAAGUGACUGCUUGGAUUAAGAAUUAUAACAAAACUGUCAUUACACUUGCAAAGAAUGCUUAGGUACAGAUUAUAAUUAGUGCAUUUCCUGUCCUGAAAACAGAAUUUUAACUUUUUACUAUAAUGUAAAAUAUGGAGAGUGCAUGUGCCCUUAUGGUACUUAUGAUACACUACAAAUUAAGUGCAUGGAAGGACACUUGGACUAAAUACAAAGAGAUUUAACUAUAGGAUUUUCGUAUUUAGGAGCAGUAGGAGUUAUUGCCUAAAGCAUAUUAAGCUUGAAUCCAGCAAUGUUUUAUCUACUAAGUGAGUUUGCAUAAACUCUUGGCUAGAUCUAAUAUAUAAACAUAAAAAAAGCAUAUGAUUUUGAUGAGACUGUUUAUGCACUUUAGCAUUUUAAUUAUAAUAUUUUAUCAGGAGUUGGCUCUAAUGUAAAGCCUUAAGAAUAAAAGUCUACCUUAAGAAUUUUAGAGGUCAGAUUAGAAGAUCUUGAAAAAAUAACAAGCUUCUAUAAGACUAAUAAUUUUCUGUCAAAUUCAGAAAUUUUGAUCCUUUUAAACGCAGCAUGCUUUAGCCUGAUGGUUUUCUCAAAUUGCUUAGUGCAUAAUGAAACUUUAAAAUAAUAUAAGAAUUUUAAAUCUGUUCUCAGAGUCUUCAGAUUCUCUCUUCCUGCUUUUAUGCUUGUUCUUACUUCGAGCGAAAUGUGCGUAACAAUCUAACUUUAAAUGAAAAAAUUUGAUUUAGACUCUGGUCAGGUUUUUGCUUUAUUAUUAUCAAUUAUUUUCUUUACAUAUUAAUUCGUCUGGAUUGUUAUCAUUAUUAUCUAGUUGGGAAUUAAAAAUUCUAUCAGAAAAAAAGAGCACAAACUCAUUUUUAGAAUUUUUAAUAGAAAGAGAUUUUGGUAGCGCAUAUUUCUAGCUUUAUUAUUUGUGAAAAAACAAUUUUUGAGCAUUAUACUUAUUAAUGUUUUUAAAUAGCCUAUUACCCUUUUAUUUAUCUAACUAAUUACAGAGGUUGUAUUUUCGAUAUACAUUAUUGUAAUUAAGCCAUACAGAGGCACUAUAUUCAAAAGAUUCGCACUCUUAAACUAGUUUACAUAUAUUAUAGUUAAUAUCUUUUUGAUAUUAAUCUCUAGUAAUGAAGAUCAACAGAGUGAAACAAAGCCUAUUUUAUAUAUAUUUAUUCUUUCUCUAAUCCUAUUAGUACUAGUUCUGUACUCAAUAUUUAGUUUUUAUUUGAUUAUAAAGUUUGUCUCUUAAAAAGUUGCAAGAAACUUAACUAAUAGAAACGAAAAAACUGCAAUAUUACAAAAAAAUCAUGUAUCUUCUAUAACCUUAAGAAAAACAAGUACAUCUGAAAAUCAAGUCUUAAAUUAAAUUUAAGAAAUUUAAAGCCAGAAAAAAAAUUAAAAAUAUACUGUUAGUAACAACUAACCUAAUAAUUUUGAGUUAGUUAAUAUAGACUAAAACAAUGAGUAGAAUACAGACAAUAUUUUUAUAACAAAUGAUUGCUAAAUUAAUGUAGAUGAAGAGCACUAGUUUUAAUUUGCUAAAGAUAAAUGA